AUGUGGAGCGCGUUUAUGAAUGGUUCUGGACUUCACGCGGGGGGCGGUGCUGGUGGGGGUUAUGUCCCGUCUCAGGGAUGGGAGUUUGUGCCCUGCUCCAGGAUGGAGAAGGCAGACAGAGGCAAAGGCAAAAACCGUAAUCCUCUGAAGAGGAUCUCUUCUCCACCCACUGUCUUCAGUCAGAUCUACGAGCAGCAGUUUCAGACUUCAGGAGCAGAGCACGGACCCGGGGCUCCGUCUGAACUCCUCAGGGGCCAAAUGUGGUCAGGGCCAGAGCCCCAGCCACAGCAGCAAACACAGCACGCCCGGCUUAAGAAGAAAUUUGAAGAACUCAAAAAGCGUCACUGUGAAGACAAGGAAGAAUGGAUGAGAGAGAAAGAGUCAUUAUUGAGAGAAGUAGCAAAUAUACAAGGAGGUGAGAAUAGAAGGAUUUUGCUGGAUCUAAAGACGGUUUUGGAGGAGGUGCAGGUGGAGGUGAAGAGAGAGGAGGAGAAGAGGAGUGAGUUACAGCUGCAGUACACCAGAGACAGGUGCUCCUGGGAGCUGGAGAAGGCUGAGCUUAAACGCAGGAUUGCACAGUUGGAAUCUAGAGAAAGCUCUCGGUUGACAAACAGAGAAGUUCAAGCAGCAGCAGCAGGUCUUGGGGCUGGAGGAGUACUGCAAAGUCCUCAAAAAUAUCCGGACGAAUCGUUGUGCAGGGAAAGAGAGGAGCAGAGGAGGAUUUUGGCGGAUACCCACACAACAGCUAUGGACCUACGCUGCCGUUUGGAGCACAAUGAGAGAGACUGGCUACGGGAGAAGGCAGACCUGUUGGAGAGAUUUGACGUGGAGAGAAGGGAAUGGGAAUGUCAGCUGAAAGAUAUGCAGAGGAAAAUAGAAGAGUUGUAUUGUGAGGUGAGGGCCAAAAGAGAAGGGACUGGAUUGGACAUCAGAAAACACUAUGAUAACAGCGCUGCCCGCAGACUCAGCAUCCCCUCGACUAGCACUGGCUCCAGCUUCCUGAGCAGCAGCAGCCAAUCAGAGCAAAGAUCAACACUGUUUACUGGAUUUGGCAGUAAUAACAAACUCAACAGGGACAGCGACACUCACCAGUCUACUGGUUACCACACGGACACACAUGAUCAUGGACAAACUGUUUAUGAGGAGGAACUGAGAUUGAGUGGGACUUGGCAGCAAGAUGCAGCCUCUCAGAGAAGAGUCAUAGAUACAGAGGAUUUGGAUAGUAUUUUACUGCGCCAUGGAUGUGCAGAGUCCCAUAAACCCAUUGCCAAAGAGAAUGAAAGUGUCCAUCAGAAUCAGAGACAAAAUGCUCCAUGGACAGAGCUGAAUUAUGGCAGUGAGAAAAAACGGAACACCACUGCUCUUAAUGCUGCUCUGAAGGAGAUUGCACGUGUCAGUGAGGAGCUGUGUAGCUACCAAGAAGAGAUUAGGCAAAAGAGUGGAGAAAACAGAAGUCACCCAGAGGAGAGAGAAAUGUCACUGUCCUAUAGUAACCCUAGACCAGAUGUGGUUGAACCAUGUGACCUCAAUGAAAUCUAUGAUGAACUCAGAGCAUUAGAAAGGGAGCACUGGGCCAUCUUGUCGCCCGAAAACACAUGGCGAUCAGUCUCUGGACCUGGGUCAUCCUGGAAAACCAGCCCCUCUCCUCCAGACAACCACCAAGAGCCAAUCGUCAGUCCAGAGACUCUGUCGGAAAUAGACUCGGCAGCCCCUCCCAUCCCACCUCGCUCUUCGUCCUGGAAUCUGAGCUCUCAACAAGAUGCAGAUCUGAACAUGCCAGAGUCUCCUAUAGUCCCAGCCAGGAAAUGCCACAGCCCCUGUGUGGUAGUGGACAGGAAGUGUACCAGUCCGUCCAUUGUGAGAAAGUUUGAGGCCAUGCUUCAGGAAAAUGAAGGAAAAGUUUUGAUUGAUGGGACAGUAUCUUCGUGCUCUGUACCUGCCAACCAAAACUGUAAUGUCAGCUGCUGUCAUAACCGCUGGUCCUGUGAUGCCAGUAAGCUCACAAAUAAGGUGUCCUCAUAUGGAACUGUUCAGAAGAGCUUCUCUGAGGUCAACAUUGUGACUGCUGCUAAAAAGAUGGGCACGGACUACAGCCUUACUGGUGCUAAUGUGAAAAGCCAAGAAGUGCAUCCCAAAUCUCCGCCUCUGAUAGAGACUCCUAUGCUCCUCCAUGCUCCGGAAAUAUCUCCUGCCAACCCUGUCCUGCAGGGCUCCAAAAGAAACAUAACACUGGAGCAGAAAACCGCAGAGUUCAACCGGUGUCUCUUUCAGGCAGAGAUGGGCCGUGGGGUAGAGGAGCAGGACACUUUCUUACCUCCUGAUCUCACCCCUGUGCUCUGCCAACAAGUGCUGUUAACAAGUACUGCCUCAGGUGAGGAGCUGCUUCCCAGGGAAACCCAGUUAAAGCAACACUACUCUGAAGUCUCCAAUCACUGCUUUGGAGUUGAACCCAACAUCACACACUCUUUCUUCUUCUCAGAUAUCACAAUGCAUAGCCCAGAGGCUCCAGCACAGAGCAGGUAUGGGUCAAGAGGUCAACCAGUCAGGAUAGAGCAAGAAACCCAUGAUCUACUGUCCAAAGAGCUACAAGCAGCACAACAGGAGCACACCACAAAACCUGCACAAAUGCCUGAGUGCUACUCUGAGGUCAAGCUCAGUCCUUCCAGGAAAACUCAAAUCAAAGCAACCACAGAGGCUCACUGCUCUGAGCGCCUCAUGUCUGAAAAUGUGCAGCUGAGCGUGGACUCCUCCAGCUCCGAGAGCGACCAUGAAGAGGAGCCUCAGCCCAGAUCAGCAGUGUCCCCACAGCCCUCUGCUGAAAACAAACUGAGGCCAACAGGAGGGCAGCAAGUGCAGCCAAAGCAUGUGUCUGUCCUGUCUGACUGUUGCCGGCCAGGGCUCCGGAUGAUGAAUGAGCAUCCCUGGAAACCCCUUACACUGGCAGCCUACCCACGACCCGAGGGCUCCCGCUCCAACUAUGGAGCAGUGGAGAGGAUACUGAAGAAUUAUGAGACUGCAGCCAAAAGCAUGAACCAAAUAGAAACCGGCUCCGGUCCCAACCUGAGUGUGAGAGAGAAGGGCGAGCGAGAGCUGGACAUGCUGGACACGGACUCUGUGCCUACUCCUCUGUUCAUCAGAGAGACUCUGCCACGCUCUCCCAGCACCCACAAGGUCCUCGAGCUCAAGGAAAUUCAAGUGAAUCUGCAGAAAAACCAAAAGUCUUCCACCACAUCUUCAGUUUUAAAGCAGAAGAACUUCUCCAGACCUGCAUGUCCGGCCAAUCGGCGGCUGCCUUCACGCUGGGCUGGCCGCUCUCCUUUCUCCAGAUCAUCUUUUUCCUCCUCUGCACCUGCACCGCCCUCCUUCAGCCUCCAAAAGCACUCCUCAUUUUCACAUUCACAUGCCUUUCAUAUGGAGUCUGUCAUCAUCUGACCCACCCAGAAGCCUUGAGUGAACCUACAAACUGUGAACUUGUUUUUUUCACAUAUACAUAUGAAAUACUCAAAGACUGAAGUGCUUUAGUGAGAUAUGACCAAUGUAUAGCUGUAGAAUGUGUUGAGUUCAAAAGAGCCGAGCUGACCAAAAUAACGGAACUUUGUUAGCAGCAGCUUUGCAUCAAGAAAAUGUGACAAAUCAACCAGGCGUAUUUCCAAGGAGCAAACAUAUCCACUGCAUCUCAGUUUCAACUCAGGUGUGGACUUUUAGCCUUGACUAUUGUAGCCUUGCUGAUACAGUACUGUAUAGAUUCUCCAUUCAUACAGCUGCCUAUUAAUAUCACACAAUCACAUCCAAGUGGCCAGAUAAAAUCCAAUAUGAUGUAAAUGUAUUCAGUAUUGUAUGCACCAUUACAGGUAUACCAUGCACCAUUUACACAUUACAAUGUGUUGGAUUCUGAAGCAGAAUAUGCUUCACAAAUGUUUUUUCCAGUACUCAUUACAUGUUGCUGUGUUGCAUUAUUCAAUACUGUCUUCUGACUUCAUAUUUUUACACACACUGUAGACUGUACCUGCCUUUGACAGAAAAAAAUAGAGUUACGUUUUUGUUAACACAUAAGUUUGAUUUGUAUAACUGUACCAAAGGCUGGUGUCUUUUUUUGAAUUUAAAUAUACUGUCUGUUAUUGUGUUAUGUUUAAACUGCACAUGAUGCUGGAAUUUAUAAGCAUUUUUCUUUUGUUUGGAACACACAAGUCUGCAUUGGUGCAUUACAUAGCAUUUAAUGGAAGGCUUUUUUGUACUUUGAAUAAUCUCCCGUGGUCGCAUACAAUAGUGCAUUUUCAGGCUAAAGUGCUGAAUAUAAUGAAAGUG